CUCGUUGAGAACCCAGAGAGGCGACUGAAUGGAACGGGAAACAUGCGAAGAUUUGACGAAGAGGCCACAAGAAAGAACGAGAAACGUGGUGAACCGGCAUCAAAUCCGAAUCUACAUCGAAUCGCAAAUAGUGGUCAUGUGAAGGCGAUCGUGUCUUCGCUUCAAGAUGUAAGCAAUUCGAAUACCCGAAGUCCGUCGUCUACUCCGAUUAUGACCCGCAGAAUCCCAUCGCUGAUGAAUUGUCAACGACAGACAAGUCUUGAUCAACAUUUCAUACAGCAAUGCAAUACUCCUAAUCAGCAACAACAACAACAGCAACAACAGCAAUAUCAUCAUUCAUACGACUAUCAUAAGUAUGAUUGUCCACCGUCAAGAAGUAGUUUAUCUUCUGAAUAUGCAGUGCUGAAUUUGAAGCAGCCAACUAGCAACUAUACAAAUAUCGAGAAGAAGCGGAUCAUGACCCCAAAACCGUCUCCGUUAGCGAACGGAACGGGUGCAGUGAGCUCACGCCUGAGAGUGCCCAGCACAUGCAGUCCUACUCCUCAACAACACCAUCAUUUCCAGCAACGAGAUUUUGUUGUGCAAAUGGUUAUUUUCUGA